AUGAAAGUGGUCAAAUCUGCAAAACAUUAUACGGAAACUGCCAAGGAUGAAAUCUUAUUAUUGGAAAAAGUCACCCAUACUGAUCCUACGUGUUUGGGUGCACGCUAUGUGACAGCUAUUGUGGAUCAUUUUAUGGUGGAUGGCCCAAAUGGACAACAUGUAUGUAUGACUUUUGAAGUUCUUGGUGAAAAUCUUCUAUCUCUGAUCAAACGUUAUCGUCAUCGAAAUGGAGUGCCGACUCGACUUGUCAAACAGAUCGCCAAACAAAUGCUCCUUGGUCUGGAUUAUUUGCAUAGGAAAUGUGGUAUCAUUCAUACUGAUCUUAAACCUGAAAAUGUUUUGAUGUAUUUGGAAAACGCUGAAGAACUUUUAUCUACUGAAUCGACAUCAUCAACUUCACCACCACCUUUGAACAACACUCCAUUGGAUAAUCAUGAUGUGAAAAAAUCCUCUAGUCGUGAUAAAAGUCCUGGAAAUAACAUCCAUCAAGGAAAAACAGUAGUAUCACAACCUUUAUCUGAAAAGGAUAGAAGUGGCGAUUUGGAAUGGAGGCAUUCACAAUUAGACUCAUCUACAACAUCAUCAACAGGAAAUAGUAUGCGCAAAGAAUCUCUUGAAAUUAAAAUUGCGGAUCUUGGUAAUGCUUGUUGGGUGGAUCGACAUUUUACAGAAGAUAUUCAAACAAGACAAUACAGGUCUCCUGAAGUGAUUCUAGGUGCUAAAUGGGAUGCAGGUGCUGAUAUCUGGAGUUUGGCUUGCAUGAUUUUUGAAUUAUUGACGGGUUGUUACUUGUUUGAUCCACAAAAGGAACGUCAUCGAUUUAGUCGAGAUGAUGAUCAUCUUGCUCAAAUGAUUGAAUUAUUGGGACCAAUGCCAAAACAUUUUAGUUUAUCCGGUAAACAUUCCAAAGAAUUCUUCAAUAGUCAAGGUGAAUUACGACAUAUUACCCGAUUCAAGUAUUGGAGUCUAGAGGAUGUUCUUCAUGAUAAGUAUGGAUACCAUCGACAACAAGCAAGAGAUAUCGCCAGCUUUUUAUUACCCAUGUUAAAAUAUGAAAACCGCGCAAAAGCCAUGGAUUUACUCAAUCAUCCUUGGAUUCAACAUACUCAUCCCAUUCUACCUACUUAUUUAUCAUGA